AAAUCAUUUUUUUCAUAAUGCCAAUGCUUUAUUUUUUUAAUGUAUGCUGCACUGUUUUUUGCCAUCGAACCUUUCCAUACGACAAUGUUUAUCUCUAGCAGCUCAGUUGUCAGCUUUGUCAGCAAUAAAAACAAAACCUGUUGCUUAUCUUUUUUUUGCGUAACCGCGGUGCAGAUUAAAGCAAGCGGCCGUCCCCUGUUGCUUCUUGGAAUACAUUGCAAGCAGUAGGUAGUGGUGAUGAUUUGUUGGAGUAUUUGGGGGUCCAGCAACUUGAACUUGAAACCCCAACUAGCUCGUUUUGGGGGCAGGGUGCAGAAAAGGCAGCUAGCUUCAAUUGCCACCAUGUCCCGUAGUGUUAAACUUUAUUAUGACCUCAUGUCGCAACCGUCGAGGGCGCUUUACAUAUUCUUAUCGACCAACAAGAUCCCCUUUGACCGGUGCCCGAUAGCGCUGCGAAAAAUGCAGCACAAGACGGACGAAUACCGCCGGCAGGUGAAUCGGUACGGCAAGGUGCCCUGCAUCGUGGACGGCAGCUUCCGGCUAGCCGAGAGCGUCGCCAUCUACCGGUACCUGUGCCGAGAGUUUCCGACCGACGGCCACUGGUACCCGAGCGACACGGUGCGCCAGGCACGCGUCGACGAGUACCUUUCCUGGCAGCACCUAAACCUGCGCGCCGACGUGUCGCUGUACUUUUUCCACGUGUGGCUAAACCCGCUGUUGGGCAAGGAGCCGGACGCCGGCAAGACGGAACGGUUGCGCCGGCGGCUGGACGGUGUGCUGAACUUUUUCGACCAGGAGCUGCUGUCGGCCGGUAGCGGGCAGGCGUUUCUGGCGGGCGAUCGCAUCAGCAUUGCCGACCUAUCGGCCGCUUGCGAGAUUGAGCAGGCGAAAAUAGCCGGGUACGAUCCGUGUGAGGGCCGGCCGGCACUGGCCAGCUGGCUGACGGCGGUGCGGGAGCGAACCAAUCCGUACUACGACGAGGCGCACAAAUACGUUUAUCGGCUUUCGCCGGACCACAUCGUAACGCCGGUCGUUGCGGAAGAUGAGUGAAUGUUUCGUUCUUUUUGUUGCUACUGUUGCCUAGGUAAAAUAAAGAUUUUCGAUUUCUAAAACCACAAAAAUAUUAAAUA